CUAACUUGAGAUUUGAAGAUGCACGUGUUGCAAGGGUUCUCUUUUAUUGUGUACAUAAUUUUUCAGUGUCACUUAGUAGUUUAUGGGUUGAAACAAGCAGGAUCACCUUGCAAAUUGUCUGGCGGAAAAGGGGUGUGCUUACUAGUGAAAGACUGCACAGAAGCUAAAAACUCGCUAGCAAUUAAUGGUUUUACCAACUUAACAGGCUGUGGUUUCGUUAGUCUAGAUCAAUUAGUGUGUUGCCCAUCAGUACAAAAUAGAGGAUCUUCCGAUGAAGUAGUAGUUAGUACAAGAAAAAGCGGAGAAGUGUGUAAUAGCAUAUCCCAAGAUGUUAAAUCAAUGGUUGCACCACAUAUUUUUGGUGGUGGAGAUGCCAAGGAACAUGAAUUUCCACAUAUGGCAGCGCUGGGAUACGAAGACACAGAUGGUAUCGACUUUCAAUGCGGUGCAUCUGUUAUAUCAAAUCGCUUUUUGCUUACAGCCGCUCACUGCACUAGAAGGACACCAAAAAUUGUUCGUUUAGGAAUCACUAAAUUAGAUGGAGAAAAUCCCCAAGACUUUUCUGUAAAACGAGCUGCACUACACCCAAAUUACAAUUAUUCGCACACAUACAACGACAUAGCAUUAAUAGAGAUUGAAAAAAAUAUUAGUUUCACCGAAAAAAUAUAUCCUGCAUGUCUUUAUCUCCAGAGCGACGUUCCUAAUUCUAUGAUUGUGACUGGAUGGGGAAAGCUAAGUUCUGAAACAGGAGAUGACAGAAGCAACACUCUGCAGAAGGUGACAGUCGCUCCAACGUCUCAGCAAAAUUGCAGUACAUACUACACUAGACUGAGUCGAACCAUUGAUAAUACACAAAUCUGUGCGGGGUCCAGUGAAGCAGAUGCUUGUCAAGGUGACUCAGGAGGACCACUUCAAAUAGAAAUCCAUGAUGGAGUUUAUUCCGUUGUGGGAAUUGUCUCUUACGGAUCAUACUGUGGAGGCAAAAUUCCAGGAGUGUACACUAAAGUGUCAGAAUAUAUAGAUUGGAUUGAAAGCAUAGUAUGGCCUUCCUAAUAAAUUAAGUUGGACGUUUUUAUUAUUAUUUUUUAAUAUUGUAACAUUUUUAAAAUAUUAAAUUAAAGUGGAUACACAUUAA